CCUUUCUUAGUUACCGGCUCUUGACGCGAGCGCAUAAAAAAUGUGUAAUAAUUGUUUUAUCAUAUUAAGUGCAUCGCCGUUGCUCCGUUAUUUAAACUGGACAACUUAUAUUUUAGCGAAUGUAAAACUAUCGUGUGCCAGGCCCGUCGGUAGGUGUUUAAGGAUCAUUAUUCAAGUGAACGACACUCGUAAAAGAAUUUUGGGGUAUAGCCGUUGUUUACGUGGUAUCGUAGACAUAAAUGGGAACGCGCGAAGAUAUCAAAAGAUUUGAAAUGUGUUACAACGCCAGUGUACCGUCGGCAGCCGAGACGCGUGGUCACGCUGCCCCGCUCUCCCUGCGUCAAACUUUACGUAAAGUGGAAAUUGACAGUGCGUGCUUUUAUUUAUUUGUGAAGUGAUUUUUUUUUUGAGGUGCGAUUUGAUUUCGGUUUUCCAGUUGAGAUAAACUUAACUUCCCAAUCAACUUAGAAACCAACUGUUCAACAUAACACUAAAAUGCGCCUCCACUCAACAUGGCCGGAGAGUUUGACCAGCAUGGCGUGAGAGAGCCGACACUAUGCGUUCCGGCCGACAGUGGCUGGCAAUCGGGAUGCUGCUCAUCAUACCCCACUCCGAAACGAGCCCAGGCAAUCCCCAAGACCAAGACAACCCCACGAUCCGACACCACCACAGACACAAACACAAACACCAUCUGUUCCCCGAAGAACAACUAUUCGAACCAAUCUUGAAAGACCCAUUUAAUCAAGAUUUAGUUAGCUACGAUAUGGUAUUUAGAAAUGAAGGUAAGAGUGAUUGGAUGAAUAUGUCUAAUGAUCAAAUAGGUGAAUUGAAAGAUAAGAAACAUCCGCACUGGCCUAUUAAAAGAGAAGCAGUUAUUGAAGGAGAUCUGGUACUUGGUGGACUGAUGAUGGUACACGAAAGAUCUGAUAGCAUGACCUGUGGCCCUGUGAUGCCUCAGGGAGGCGUGCAGGCGUUGGAGACCAUGUUGUAUACUUUAGAUAUCAUUAAUGAGAAGAAGCUGAUCCCAGGAGUAGUUCUUGGUGCUCAUAUCCUGGACGACUGUGAUAAAGAUACUUACGGGUUGGAAAUGGCUGUGGAUUUUAUCAAAGGUUCAAUCAGUAACAUUGACGACGCAGAAUACGCGUGCAACGCGACAGCUGUGCGGAAGGUGAUAUCUGGAGUGGUGGGAGCCGCUUCCAGCGUGACGUCGGUGCAGGUCGCCAAUCUGCUAAGGCUUUUCAAGAUACCGCAGGUAUCUUUCUUCUCGACGUCUCCAGAGCUUUCAAACAAGGCCCGUUUCGAGUACUUCACCCGCACGAUACCGUCGGACCUGCACCAAGUGCGAGCGAUGGUGGAGAUCGUCAAGCAGCUCGGCUGGAGCUAUGUGUCUAUCAUCUAUGAGGAAUCCAGCUAUGGCAUCAAGGCAUUUGAAGAGCUGGAAGCACUUCUAGCCAGAAGCGGCAUCUGCAUUGCAGUGAAAGAGAAGCUGGUGAAGGAUUCAGGAGUCGCUGAUGAGAGGGCGUACGAUGAUAUUGUGCUCAAACUGCUUACCAAGCCCAGGGCCAGAGGAGCGAUAAUCUUCGGCUCUGACCAAGAAGUGGCCGGCGUGAUGAGAGCCGUGGAACGCGCCAACGCGACUGGUUCCUUCAGCUGGGUUGGCUCCGACGGCUGGUCGGCACGGUCUCUGGUCUCCGACGGGAACGAACGAGCCGUGGAGGGUACUAUCAGCGUCCAGCCACAAGCCAAUGACGUCAAAGGCUUUACAGACUACUUUCUCAAGCUAAAUGUCAGGAACAAUAGAAGAAAUCCUUGGUUUGUUGAGUUCUGGGAAGACCACUUCCAGUGCCGGUACCCAGGCAGUCCACGGACCCCAUACAAUCUGCAGUAUGAGAAGCAGUGCUCAGGGCUGGAACGACUCACUCUUGACAACACUGAGUUUGAGAGGCAGUUGCAGUUCGUCUCCGAUGCGGUUCUAGCCUUCGCGUAUGCUAUAAGGGACAUGCACGCUGCCGUCUGCGCCGGAAGACCAGGUCUGUGCGACGCCAUGAAGCCGGCAAGCGGAGCCGACCUGCUACGAUACCUGAGGAAGGUCAACUUUACUGGUCUGAGCGGUGACGAAUUCCAUUUCGACAGCAACGGGGACGGACCAGCGCGAUACAACAUCUUGCACUUCAAACAACUAGCGCAAGGGGUCUAUCGGUGGGUCAACGUGGGGCAGUACCUAGAUGGGGAGCUGAGACUGGAUAUUGAUGAGAUCCAGUUCAAGCAAGGCGAGCCACGGCCGCCGGAGUCCGUGUGCAGCGCGGAGUGCGAGCUGGGCCAGGCCAAACAGUACGUGGAGGGCGAGAGCUGUUGCUGGCACUGCUUCAACUGCACGCAGUAUGAAAUUCGUUCCCCGUUCGUGGAGACGGCAUGCAUGGUGUGUCCACGGGGCACGUUGCCUGAUCCAACCAGGACGCACUGCCGGCCCAUACCUGAAGCCUACCUGCGCCCCGACUCCGCCUGGGCUAUAGGGGCUAUGUCCUUCUCUUCUGUAGGGAUAUUGAUUACAGCUUUCGUAUGUGGAGUUUGGGUGCGACACAGUUCCACUCCAGUUGUGCGUGCGAGCGGGAGGGAGCUAUCGUAUGUCCUGCUCGCGGGCAUCCUCAUGUGCUACCUGGUUACCUUCGCGCUGGUCUUCCGCCCUACUGAUAUCCUAUGCUCGAUCCAGAGAUUCGGCACGGGUUUCUGCUUCACCGUGGUCUACGCCGCCCUCCUCACGAAGACUAAUAGAAUCUCCAGGAUAUUCAACGCGAGCAAGCAUUCAGCCAAAAGGCCAAUUCUGAUCUCGCCCAGCUCGCAGCUCGCCAUCUGUGCUGCACUGGUCUCCAUACAGGUUCUGAUCGUAGUAGUGUGGAUGAUCGUGGCUCCAGCGCGAGCCAUGUUCCACUACCCCACCAGGGAGGACAACAUGCUGGUGUGCGAUUCAUACGUGGAUGCGUCGUACAUGAUCGCCUUCUUCUACCCCAUCGUGCUUAUCCUCGUCUGCACGGUCUACGCCGUCCUCACCAGGAAGAUACCCGAAGCGUUCAACGAGAGCAAACACAUUGGAUUCACAAUGUAUACGACGUGCGUGAUCUGGUUGGCAUUCGUGCCGCUGUACUUCGGCACGGCGUCGCACGUCCCGCUGCGCGUCACCAGCAUGGCCGUCACCAUCUCGCUCAGCGCCAGCGUCACGCUCGUCUGCCUCUUCUCUCCUAAGCUGUACAUAAUCCUGAUCAGACCAGAGCGGAACGUGCGCCAGAGCAUCAUGCCGGUCAGGUACAGCAAGAAGCCUGCGCCCGCGCCUGUCAUGGCGCAGCAUCCGGCACAGAAUAAGAAACCUCCGUGUGCAGACAAGGAAACUCAGACCGACCCAGCAGACUUCGUAUUGACCAAUGGACAAACACAACUGUACAGCGAGAAAGAGAAAGGAGACGCAAAGAACAAACAACAAGAAGUUCAAUGUAAUAACGCCAACACUUUGCCUAAAAACGAUAAAGUUAAUAAUGUAAAUAUAGUAAAUGAUAAAAACGACACCUUAUAGCAACGAAGUUCUACAAGAUCACUUAAUGAAUUUGCAACAAAGAAAAAUAGUAGUUUAAAGAAAAAAAGCUGUUCUUGUAAAGGCAGAGAAAGAAAACCUGUAGUGGUAUAAUUUUGUGAAUAUUUUAAAAUUAAGUAUAAUAUUAACUAUAUGUAAAUUGUUAUAUAUAUAUAUAAUUAGCUGUUAUGUAUAAAUAUAUAGAUCUUCCUUUUAGGAACUGUGGUAAAUGAUAAAAUGACAUAAAAUCUCCAAAUCACAUUUAAUUAUUAAAUGCUAAUAUUACACUCGAAUUUUGAAUUGAUAAAAUACACUACAUUUACCGAUAUAAUCACAAAUUUGUAAAUAAUAUUUAUGCUAUAUUAUUAAGUUAGUUGUAAAUAAGUUCAAUCAAUGUGUGUAAAUAUACAUUAAAAGACAAAUAGUGAUGUGUAUUGUAAAUACGAUGUUUUGAAGUAAAACUUAUUUUAUAAUUGUGUUUGUUAUAUGAAAUGUAACUUGUAUAAUUAUAUAUAAUAACAUAAUAUAUACAGAGCAGAGCUGUGAGCCCAGAUUGUAGAAAUGGAGAGGAGAAAUGGCUGUAACAUGUAUUUAAAAUUGAGACUGGUAAUGACAUUUCAAAGAUUAGGUAGAACAAAGUUAUGUGAAACAAUUUGAGUUGUUUUUUUUUUCCUAAAGUAAGUUAGUUCGGCGCUACCUAUUUAAAUUAGAUUUAAUGAUAUAUAAACACCUUAUCUAUUCCCCUGUAGAUUAAUGAUAGUCAAAAGUAGUCAUCAUUUUCAUACUGACUCGGACUUAGAAUUUCGUUGAUAGUAAAUAGGGGACAAUGUACCAUAUAGGUAAUAUGCAUGUACUGCACAUACCAAAAUAUUCAUUUAUACCGAUACCAUGCUAUUCUAUAUAUAUUCUUUAGUCAACUAGGUAGAUAUAGGUAUAUGUAAUAUCACCUAGUAUGAAGGAAGCGAUUGAUUUGUCAAAAUUGCGACGAGUGGAAAUUCCUAGAGUCUGCCUACCCCCAUGGGAAUCAGGCGUAAUAUAUGUAUGUAUAUUAAGUAUUAAAGACAGUGGAGCAAAUUGAAAAAAACUACCUAGUCAAACCUAUGUUAUCGAUUCCUGACUUGAAAUAUGAAAUAAAAUUCCCAGUAAUUUUCCCAGUUCGACUGGAACUAAUAGGCCCAAAAAAAGUUUCCACAUAAACGAUUCUUUGAAAAUUACUUGUGUAAAGUUACAGUUUUUUGUAUUUAUAGAACCCACCUAUAUAGUAAACUUUUCGUCAUAAUAAGAAUACAAUUUUAUAGAAAUAUCUCGAUAUCUACACUUUAGUUAUACUUAUCAGAGUAUGAUCUAUGCAAAGGAUCUAUGUAAUGUAAUGUUUUA